AUGGCCACGCAGCCGGGAUGGCGCCCCCUCCCCCUGGUGACCUUGCCCCGGCUGGUAGCUGGACUACCACCAGAUCUACCUAACAUCGUAGCCCCUCCUUCUCUCCGACAGCAAGUGGUGGCCGGAUUGGAGCCUAGUCCGCCAAGGUGGCCUGCCCUGCAGCUCGUGGAUCUGGAGUUCGAGCACGAGCUGAAGCAGGAGAGCAUGCACAACAACACACAGAUCAUGAACCACUUGAUGGAUACAACGAGUGUCACUUUCCACCGGAGGUACCCUCUCUUCGACUCAUCGUUAGAGGAUUGUACAGCCUAUGUAUUCCACGGAAUGAUAUACACUGAUCUGAACCAGAACCCACUUAUUGUGCCGUUGGAGAUUCUUCAUGGCCAUCUAAGUUCAGAUAGAAGAGGGGUUUUGGAUUAA